CGUGUGCGAAUUGUGACGGCAUUUUGACACACCGAAACAUACGAAAAAGCGAAAAAGAAACAUUGACAUUGUGAAUGCAGAAUAUACACAGAAAUUACAGCGAUUGUGUGUCUUCUUCGCGUUGCAAGAAAAACCGAUUUAGACCUUUGGAAAUAAUUCGCCUGACUCCAACAGGUCCGUAUAAACAAAACAAAAAACUAGCAUAAUUUAAGAUAAGUUUAAAGCAAGCCGACGGGCAUUUGGCUGAAUACGAAAAACAAAAGUACUGAACAAACAAAAUACCGAUGUUAAAACGAAGGAUUAUUACACAAUAGAGAUCUGUCAAUUUGCUUGUGUAUCAUUCAAGUGAUUCACAUGUUGGUGUUAUUGCCGACAAAUCAAAACACAAUAGCGAACCGAGAAAGAAUGAGCAAGAGAUGAACUGAAAAUUAAACAAAAUCAAGAUGGCCACGUCUUAUCACGUCAGUGAGAAAGACUUUACUUUAUUUAGCUUAGACUAUGUCUUUCGACGGUUGCGGGUACAACGCGUCUAGGCUGUGUGUCAUUUUUAAAUCGUACAAACAGUGAAUUACCGUAUACUAACAAUCAAUACAGAAACAAACAAAAAACAAAAGAAAAAUGUGAUGUGUUCGUGUUGCGCGCUAGCUUUUUUCGUCUUCACACAAAAAUUCCAGUGAUGAACUUUGUGUGUAAUAAUUAUUAUGAACGUGCCCAAUAUAAGUCAAAUAAAAUUCAGAUUCUUUUGCAUAUGAACAACAACAAGAGUUAAAUUCACUAUAACGCGCAUAAAUUAAUUCGGUCAUUUGAUUUAAAGUGACCGAUUUCGUUCAGUUUUUUUUUUUUUUUUUUUGUCAACGUCGUCCGAUUACAAAGGGAAAAAAGAUGACUUAUUCGGCAGAGUGUAAACUGUUGGAAGCCGAUUCCGCAACAAGUGCAUCGAAUGCAAUCAACUCUAGAGCAUUAUAUAUGAAAAAAGUCGGAAGUGCGCUCUUUUAUGGCGUUGCCUCGUUUCUUAUCACAGUUGUAAACAAAACGGUGUUAACAUCAUGGAAGUUUCCGUCAUUUUUGGCACUCAGCAUCGGACAAAUGGUUGCUGGCAUUGUGAUAUUGGCGAUGCUCAAGCAAUGUGGUGUCAUUACAUAUGCCGAUUUUUCAAAAGACAUACCAAAAAAAUUGUUUCCAUUGCCAUUGAUGUUUUUUGGAAAUAUGAUGUUUGGCCUGGGCGGCACACAAGCACUACCUUUGCCAAUGUUCACAGCAAUUCGUCGAUUUUCAAUUCUGAUGACCAUGAUGCUUGAAUUCAAAAUUCUAAGCGUCCGUCCAUCGAAGCCAGUGCAAUUUAGCGUUUGGUGUAUGGUUGGCGGUGCACUAUUAGCGGCCAGUGAUGAUUUAACAUUCAGUUUACAUGGCUACACAUACGUGAUGAUAACCAAUGUUCUAACGGCCGCGAAUGGAGUACUCCUGAAGAAAAAAUUGGAUACAAACGAUAUCGGAAAAAACGGGAUUAUGUUUUAUAAUUCGGUGAUAAUGCUGAUGCCAGCCAUAAUCGGUGCAUGGGUACUUGGUGAUUUUGAUGCGGCUUUCAAUUAUGAACACUGGACAAAUCCAUUAUUCUUUGUGCAAUUUUUCAUGAGCUGUGUCAUGGGCUUUGUGCUAUCGUACAGUAUUUUAUUGUGUACACAAUUUAAUUCAGCCUUAACCACCACGAUCAUCGGUUGUCUCAAAAAUAUUUGCGUUACCUAUUUGGGAAUGUUUAUCGGUGACGACUAUAAAUUCUCGUGGCUAAACUUCAUUGGUAUUAAUAUCAGUGUGUUGGGAAGUUUACUGUACACAUACAUAACGUUUGGCAAAAAAGAAACACCACGCAAAGUGAUACCAGCAAAAAAUAUCGACAACGUAUAUAUAUAUCUUGAAAACUACUUAAUUAAAACUCAAUACACGAUGAUACGUCGUCAGUUGUUAUGCCCGAGAGUUUUUGGCAUAAAUAAAGUACGGCAAUUGAUUACAUCUAGCGCGAUGAAAAACAAAACCGAUAUCCAUAGAAGCGUUAAUCAGUUUCCUGAGACUGUUGACAUUCAGAACGGAAGUAAUGAGCAUAAAAUUGGCGAACCCCAACACGAUUACAUUCACAUAUCGAAUUUUCAGCGACUAAUUUUGAGCGUUGGAUCAUCAGUGGCUGCUUUGGUUAACCCUCAUCGGCAUGAUAUGAUUGCUUGCUUGGGUGAAACAACCGGUAUUGAAGUGUUGCAAAAAACAUUGCAAUUAAUGAAAGUUUCACCGGAAGGCAGCCAAAUACUUGCGGAGAGGCCACGAAUCAAUUCUGAAAUUAUCGACUUGAAUGCACUCGGAAGACUACCCACCGACACAUUUGGUUACGCCUACAAAAAAUUCCUUGAUGACAAUAAUGUCACACCCGAUUCACGUAUGCCCGUCAAAUUUCUAAAUGAUCCCGAACUCAUGUAUGUGAUGACACGGUAUCGUGAGUGCCAUGACCUUAUUCAUACAGUUCUUGGAAUGCCGACGAACAUGCUCGGUGAGGUUACAGUUAAGUGGAUUGAAGCGAUAAACAUCGGUUUGCCCAUGUGCUAUGGCGGUGCAGUGUUUGGUGCGAUGCGCUUGCGACCAAAACAACGUGAGAAUUACCGUCAACACUAUCUGCCAUGGGCCCUGAACAACAGCAAACACUUGAAACCACUUAUGAAUGUUUACUGGGAGAAACGAUGGGACCAGAAGAUCGAUGAAUUACGUAAAGAACUCAACAUUGAACCGUUAGAAGUGAAUUGAGAGAUUUUUAUUCGAUCAUUAUUAUUAAACAUUAAAAUGAGGAUUUUCGAAUCGACCUUUUAAAAAAA